CGAGCAAGGCAACGCACGCAGCACACGAAGCUGUCGCCGCUACGUACAAAUAACAACAAUAACAAUAAGCGAAAGAACAGCAACAAUAACAGCAACAACAACCAUUGUGCGAUAUAACGUACCUCGAGCACAGGCGGCGUAUGAGUGAUGUGGAGUCCGUUGCUGCUGCUGCUGCUUCUAGUGCAUUUUUCAUAAAUUUCAGUAGCUUCGUUCGAUGUUGCUCGUCAGUGUUUCUUUGGUAUCCUUUUGUUUGCCAGUACGCGACGCGUGUGUUUAAUUAUUACUGCCUUUGUGUGUAUGUGUGCAUGUGUGUGUCAUAGGGAAGCAGCAACGAACUCGUGUAACAGGAACUUCAAGCAGGAACUCCGAAAUAAAAGAUUGCGUGCUUGAAACAAUUUUCUAAUGUGCCAGUGUCAGAAGCUGCAAUUAAUUGGCUAAUGGAUUCGAGCUUAAACAAUUUACAAACACAAAUUACUGAUAAAUAAUCAGGUGGCAUGUAAAAGGCAACAGAGAAAAGUGAAAUCAUCAAUUUAAUAAAAUAAAAUAGUAACAAGAAAAAAUCUCCCGUUUAACGAAAUAAAGUGCAUUUUAGUGCAAACAGGAAAUGAAAAUGCAAAAAAGGCAAAAGGGAUAUGAAAAAAUGCAAAUAACCAAAGCGAGUUCAAUGCAGAACUCACAACUCUGCUAACCUCAACCGUAUUUACACAAUUCAGAGGGAACUAGCCCAGGAAACUCAAUACGUGAGCGAAAUCGUAUGUGAGGCACUGUGUAGCUGACUGCUAAUUGUGACUGGCAAUUGAAGCAAAGCUCAAAACGGAAUUCAACAAAAGCGCUUUCAGAUAUCAUAUAUGCAUUAAGUACAACCGCAAAAUAGAAAACCAACCAGAAAAAACGAAGUAAAUAAUAAUUAAAAAAAAAGGAAAUUGCGACUGCGGGAAAAAAGAACACUAAACACGAGAUUGCAAAUGUAAAAAUUGAUUUCUGUGGUUACAACUACGGAUAUUGUUCGCAUAUAUGGCUACAAAUCGUUGCGGUUAAAAAGGUCGUGCGGGCAAAUUAACAAUAAAAAACGUAAAACAAAUAAACUUUAAAAAACGAAAAUAAUCAUCGCAUAAUCUGUUAAACGACUUUAACAGGAUGCAGCUGCCAAGUAUAAAACUGUGCAAGACUUUCAUUAUUUGCAUCGCCUGCCUAACAGCACUGCCAGAGGUGGCUGUUGGGCUGCGGGAUGUUAACGUUCGCAUUCCGGCGGCCGUUAAACGCGGCGAUAAUGCGCUCUUAAUCUGCAAUUAUGACAUCGAGAACGACACGCUCUAUGCGGUAAAGUGGUACAGAGGCCGCAGGGAGUUCUAUCGCUAUACGCCGAAGGAGAACCCAGCCUGGAAGAUAUUCACGAAAACCAACGAAAUCGAUGUGGAGACCACAAAAUCGAAUGCCAGCCAUGUGCUGUUGCGCAAUGUGCCCACCUCCAUAUCUGGUAAAUUUGCCUGUGAAGUAUCCGCAGAUGCGCCUACAUUCGACACCUCCAUUGUGGCCGCCGAUAUGGAAGUUGUCGAGCUGCCUACACAAAGGCCGAUUAUAACGGGCAUUCAUUCACGUUAUCGCCUGGGCGAUGUUAUCAAUGGCAACUGUUCAUCGGAUUAUUCAAAGCCGGCGGCUAAUCUCACCUGGUGGAUAAAUGACAUACAGGUGCCACCAAAUUAUUUGCAUGUCUAUGACAUACAACGACACCUGGCUGAACACCUGGAAUCAUCGGUGCUGGAGCUCAAUUUUGUCGUGAUAACGCAUCAUUUUAUUAAAGGACGCCUCAAGCUAAAGUGUUCAGCACGCAUACACGAUAUCUAUGCGCAGGAGAGUGAGAAACUCAUCGAAGAGGAUCGUCCCCGUAUUUUGGCUUCAGGACGAUCGCCAGAUAUGAAUAUGUAUCCCUUUGAUCAGCCUGGCGAUGCCGAUGAGCACAAUGAGCUCUUUUUGACGCACAAAAAUGCUGCUGUCUCCUUCAGACAGUCGGCACUCAAUUGGCAACAGCAACUUACUCUGUUUGUGCUAAUGGGUCUAUUGCACUUGGCCUGGUCAGCAAUUCAGCCCCGAAGAACGAACAGGACGAACCACCAAAGUAUCUGUAGCCCGACUCAGGAGCAGCCCAACUCACAGAAGAAUGUGCGAGAAUUGCAGUUACGGUGAUGAGCUGGCCAGGGAGAAAUGGAGACUUCAAAUCGCAUGCCGAGAAGAGCAGUCGCUGUGUCAGACCCAUAAGCAAAGGCCUAUCUAUAUAUAAUAGUUUUCAUAUACACUUUUAUAUAUAUAAAAUGUAUAUGUAAAUCAAUCAGUGAAGCUCUUGCAACAAUUACGACAUUCAUUUAUAUAAACAGUGCAUACAUAUAUAGCAAAUCAACUAGCAACAUUUGUCACUAACUUUAACGUUUAGCGAAUGUUGGUUGUGCAUCAUAGACAGAGAGCUGCCCCUCCCCCUCAUUAAUCUAACACAUACAUAUAGUAUAUACCAAUAUUGAAAACACAUACUGUAUAAAUUCUUUAUUUCGAUUCUUGCAGUUUUGUCAGCUAAACCUAAGUCAAAUGUAAAUAAAUCAUAAGACAUCUAAAUUCAAAAAAAAAAAAAAAA